UGUAUUCGUUCUGUUUUCAUUUUAACGAUUUAAAAUGCUUUUAUAAGUAUUUUGAAAUAAGUAACUAAAAAAAUUCGAAUUUUUAACUUUUUGGAAUCCACUAAACGUAAGGUAUAUUUUGAAAGUGAACGAAUAACGAAUGCCCUCAAAAAUGUCGACAUCAAGUCAAAAUAAUGGAAAAAAGAGUUCGAACAGCUCUAUUGUCAACACACCUUCAAGUACUCCUAUUACUAAUAUUUCUAAUGGCACUACUCAAGUGAAUACGCAGAGCUCUCCUCCUCCCAACAAUAAUGCUCCUAAGUAUGGUACUCUGGUACCGAACAGAAUCUUUGUUGGGGGGAUAUCUGCUAAUACGACGGAAGGAGAAUUGAUGCAACUUUUCAGCAAUUAUGGAACUGUAAAGGCUGCAAAAAUUAUCCAAGACAGAGCGGGUGUAUCCAAAGGUUAUGGAUUCAUUACAUUCGAAAGCGAGGACGACGCCAAGCGACCACUUAGGGAAGCAGAGAACAUUGUUUUAAGAGAGAGAAAGCUGAAUAUUGCGCCAGCUAUAAAAAAACAGCCUUUUAGUCGAGCAUUUGAUGCAUCUAGUCCUCCAACAGUGGCCGCUGGAAAUCCUACCCAGUUCUUCUUUCCUCCCGGAGCUGCCAUGCCAUAUUUUCAGGGUGGUGUCGCCUAUUACUCCCAACCAGCUCCUACUGCUCCCGGGGACCCCACUGCUCAACAGCCUGUUUACCAACCCCCUCCUAUGUAUCCUACUCAGACUGGCCCACCUCAGACAGCGGCUUACCCAUCUAUGAUGUUUCCAGCUCAAACGAUCUAUAUGCCCCAACAGUACCCCAUGCCUAUGCCGUACGACUACAACUUCUACCAGGGCAAUGGUGCCUCGCCUUCGGCACAAUAUAUGGCCGGAGCCCAAAGUGGGUCUGGGGGGCCCCAAUGUACUCCGAUGCCACCCUCCAACAGUCCACCGAGACCGCCUUGCUAUAGCCAACAGAUGCCUGCCUACAACCCUGGCGAUCCCAUGUUCUACAAUUUGCCAGUCUACGGAGCCACUUUGGAAGGUCCACCUAUUUAUACUGAAGCCUUCGAACUCGGCGCCAGUGGACCCUAUGCAGAGGAAUCCUACAACAGUUUGGACCAGACAAUUACACCUCAAGACGUAGAAACAUCGCUCGGAGGGCCACCGACGGCGCCCGUACCGUUACCACAUCCCAUCGUUCCCACAAAUUCCAUCACAUCAAACACUAGUCGUCACAUCUCGGCACCUCAAAUCGCUUCGACUGUCUCCGACGCGAACAUCGGAGGCGGCAAACCGCCCUUGCAUCAUCAACCUACAGAGGUUAACCGUCAGCUUCAACAGUCGGAAGAGAGGAACUCGCACACCCCUGUCGUUUCUCUCCUGUCAAUAGAUCAUCAACAGGAGAAAGACUACUCGUCGAUGCAGAGCGGCCGCAGGCGCAAACCUCCCGCCUUAAACGUUCAAAACAAUCUGCCGGUAUAUCAUACAAACGGUUUCGUUCCGAACCCAUUCGUCGGGUUCAAUCCUCAGCAGCCACCUCCGCCUCCUUUCGGCGUCUAUAACAAUGGAUACGCUCCAAGUUUCACUGAUUAUCGCCGCAUUAAUGGGUACGAUAAUCGGCCGACCAAUAACGUUAACAAGCCUAAACGUCGUGUCUAUGACAACAGUAGGCGCUUGAAUGAUCAUUCCAGUCGUUCUAGUUUGCGUACCGACUCGAAUUCAUCGGCCAGUUGCGCCGACGAAAACAGAAACGAAGAGAAGGCCAUGAGGACGGCCGUCAAUACUCCUCCGCCCGCUCCUUACUCACCCAUGACCCAUCACCAAUUUAAAAUUAUCACAAACAGUAACGCAAAAAACUAUUACAACAAACAUAACAACAACAAUAAUAAUAAUUAUUACCGACCAAACACAACGCCAUCUGGAGAUCGUUCCAAACCUAACGAUGUAGUAGCAACGACUAAAAAAAACGGCAGCAAUACCCAUAACAAUCUAAAUUCAACCAGCAACCCCGUUAACACAAACUCCUCAACUAACAUCUCAAGUAGUAAUAGUAAUACCUUGUCUUGCCCUAAUUCCCCACAAUCCUCGAAUAAUUCCCAGGUCCACCUCUCCACAACAACGUCCCAGAGCUUUGUUCCUCAGGCAGCCAGACGCAACAAACGUUCUUUGAGACGCAGCGGUGGCGCCGGUAUCAACGAGAUCGGAGCCGGCGAUGCUCCCCUGCCGGGAGAAGUGGGAGAGGUCUGCAAAAAGCUGGAGUCGCUCAAGUUGUAG